GAGACACAUUGAAAAAACCUAGAAUUAUACCUUUUUCAAGUAAAUUUAUACCUUGGUUGUAUUUUUAAUAACCUUUCGUUCUUAAAGUUAUGUUAUUAGUUACAUAAGUAUAUUUAUUACAAGUAAAGUCCUACAGAUUCACAAAAAAUAACCAACGCGAAUAUGUCAAAAGUAACUAAAAGAAAACAUGUUAUGAAUGAGGCUCUCUGGGACGAUUACGAAUUACCAAAAGAAAACCAGAGUCUAGUGAAGGUUCUCAAAAGUAAAGGAAACAAUCUUCAUGAGGUUACAACUCCAAAUGGCGAUGAAUACCUUGUAUCAAUGCCAAUGAAGUUUAGAAAGAAUAUAUGGGUGAAAAGAGGUGACUAUAUUUUAGUUGAACCAAUUCUUGAAGGUGACAAAGUGAAAGCAGAAAUUGUAAAGAUAAUGAACAAGGACUCUAUCAAAUAUUACAAAGAAAAUAAUGUAUGGCCCAAGGAAUUUGAUGAAAGCAAAAAAGAAGCAAGCCCAGCUGAAGAAGAUAUGUUUGUGAACACUAAUAGAAAUCAAAUGACUGUCUACCAAAGUGAUUCUAGUACUAAUACUGACAGUGAUAGUUGACAAUUAUAAAGAAAUUUUAUAAAAAAGGAAUGUUUUAUUCAUUCUGAAGCAGCUGUUUUCUUUUUAUAAAUAAAGAAACUUCUAAAUUAUUUUAGCAAAAAUGCAAAAAAUUAUCAUGACUAAGACAUUCUCAAACUAUAGCUAUUUUUAUAUCGUUUAUAAUUUAAAUAACCAAUAAAGUAAAUAAUAAAAUUGUAACUAUUGUAUAAUAGGUCAUAUACUAUGCAUUAGUAAAAGAAUUUUCAAAUUAAUUUAACUAAUACUACAUUUAUGAUCCUCACAUUUUAAAUAAUAUAUUUUGUAAUAUUUUGAGAGAAUGACAAUGUAUGUCCCUAAACACUAAUAUACAGUAGAAUUAUCAAGUAUAUACAAACAAUAAAAUCAUCCUUUUAUAUGAAUACAGAAAGUUAACAAUAAUUAUCUUAAAUUUUUAAUAUUUUGUAAAAUUAUACUAUAUUUAAUCUAUUUUAGGUCAGAUUCUACAUCAUCAGCCAUGAUAUAUUCAUAAAUUCUUUUGAUGAGUUCAACUGAUUUGACCUUUGCCCAUCCCUCAGUUUUUAUUAUGAGUUUUGCUUGACCAUCUUUAAUAAAUUCUAAAGUCAACAAUUUUAAUGUUUUUGCAGAGUGCAAGUCUGCCAAUUGAAGUGUUUCAAUAGCAUUUUCAACUGUUAAUUUUUUAUGUAAUGCUUCCUCACACAGACUCUUUAAACGGCUUAAUUGAUAGUAAUCAGCAGCCGCUAAUAAUUUUUCUGGUAUUUCAUCAACUCUUGGGGCUUUAUCACUGUAUAUAAAUGUUAACACUUCCCUUAAUACCUCGGAUUCCAAUGGAGAUUCCACAAUAUUAGUAAAACAUUCAGUUGUGUUAUGUUCAAAGUGUGCUUUCAAUACUGCACUUCUACUUGCUAAUACUGCCUUAUGAACUUUAUACUCAAUGCCUUCAGCAGACUUCAUGACCACAUCAGAAAAUAAACCAUUGUUGAGUAGAUUUUCAAAAUCAUUACUUAGUUGAACUUCAGGUACAUUAGAUCUGUCUACUUUAAUAUCGUUUGUCACCAUAAACUGGAACUUUAAACGUAAGCUUCCAUCACUAAGGAGGAAUAUUUCCCGGCCAUCAUAGCUGGCUAUGUCGCGUUUGAAUAAUGUGGCCAAAAAUUGCCAUUUAUUAGCUUGAACGGUAUGAUAUUCCUUAAUAACAAUAGACCGCUCCUCAAAACGUUUCAGACAUAUGGUGAGAAUGGAUUUCAGGAACACUGGUGAUGGAGAUAAAUAAUAUAUCUCGAUAAUGUCAUUGUCUCGUCCCAGAAAUUGCAUUUUCAGUUGAAAUCUAGAUUCUAUUAACUCGACACUGGAAUCCUUCGACUUUUCAGUGCGAAAUUCUCUAGUGGUUUUGUUUUCUAAUAAAUUAUUAAAAUUUGGUACUGUCCAUAUAAUCGUAUUUAUCUUGGUUUGGCCUUCCGUACGUGUAGUAUAAUUGAUAGUAGACAUUUUCACUAAUGCUUGGAUUAAAAAUUAUCACCUUGAUAAUUCUUCUUCUUGGUCUAUUUUCAAAAGUUUUUUUGUACAUACAACUAACUAAACCUUCAAUUUACUACAGCUACAGAACGAAU